CGAGAAUCAAUUUGAGUCCAAACGAAAUGUGUGGCUCACUAUUGGGUGAGUCGUGCAGUCGGGUGUACAACCCGUUGUACAACUGGACCAUACCUUUGACACCCAUACCAAAGCCACCCGUAAAGCCUACCAGACCUCAGCCCAAAUCCGGUUCUCCUAAAUUAAAAGUCCUUCACUUAUCUGAUACACACAUCGAUCCCAUGUAUGCCGAGGGCGGGGAUGCAGUCUGUGGCGAACCCCUGUGCUGUAGGAAUGCCUCAUCAGAGAUAAGUGUGCAAAAUAGGGCCGGUUUUUGGGGCGAUUACCGCGACUGUGAUAUACCGCUCAGGACUUUGGAGCAG